ACACCCUUUUGGAUUUACGCAUGCGUACCGCGCAUGCGCUGUGACUGAAGCGGAAGUAAGCAUCAUGUCGAUAGAAGACCCAUUUUUCGUUGUGAAGGGGGAGGUGCAGAAGGCCCUGUCCCGUGCUCGCAGCCUGUAUGAUAGGUGGGAGGAGCUGCUGCAGGAGGGGACACAGGUGACUCGUGAUGAGCUGGACUGGAGCACCAAUGAACUGAGGAACUGUCUGAGGGCUAUAGACUGGGACCUGGAGGACCUCAGUGAAACCAUCAAUAUCGUGGAGUCAAACCCCGGGAAGUUCAAACUGGGAGACAAUGAACUUCAGGAGAGGAGAGACUUUGUGGAGCGGACCCGCUCAUCCGUCCAGGAGAUGAAGGAUCAGCUGUCCAGCCCCUCUGCUGUGGCUCAGGCGGAGAAGAAGAACAGACAGGCUCUGCUGACCUCGUCAGGUCAGGACAGAUCAUCGGGGCUGGAGGCUCACAUGGUGUCUACAAACUCCAGAUACAUCCAGGAGCAACAGGAGCAACAACAGCUGAUCAUGGAGGAACAGGAUGAGCAGCUGGAGUUGGUGACGGGCAGCAUCAGAGUCCUUAAAGACAUGUCGGGACGCAUCGGGGACGAGCUGGACGAGCAGUCCGUCAUGUUAGGAGACUUCGGAGACGAGAUGGAUCAGACGUCGUCCCGCAUGGACUCGGUCCUGAAGAAGCUGGAGAAAGUGUCGCACAUGACCAGCAGUCGGAGGCAGUGGUGUGCCAUCGGCGUCCUGGUCGCCAUCAUGAUUGUCGUCCUCAUCCUCUUCUUCGCCCUCUGACCUCCCCGGCUGUAUUCGAUGUCUCCCUCUAUGUUAUGAAGGACGGACGGACAGACGGAUGCAGGAACAAGGGACGUGUCUCUCCUACCCCCCCUCUCCCCUCCCCUCCUCCCUGUCUUUACUUCACUCCAAGGAGAGACUUGGUGCCCUGCAGAGAUUUUAAAUCCUCCUCUUCCUCUCUGCUUUGAAUGACUCUGGUGAGCAGGAGGGAGAGAGCCCGGUGGUGUUCUAUAUUUCAGACUGAAAGCGUAUCGGUUAUCGUUGGAGACGAGCGGGUGGUGCUGAACGAGGGAGGGAGGGUCGGCUGCCGUCGGGUUAAACACACUCAAAUCUGCAGAUCAGGAUGUUCGAUGAGGUGCAGAAACUUUGUUUUGUUGAUAUCAGAGUAAACGGUUAUGAUAGUGCUCUUAUUUUAUCAUCUUCACACACUUUUAAGAGACGCUGGCUUUAAAAUGUUUUAUCCUCCAUCCCUUACUUCAGCUUUAGUGACACGGUUUUGAUUCUCAGUGUUUCCAGACGCUGAUUUUAAAGAAUAAUGUAGAUGGGGAAAAAAAGCAGAUUUGUGUGUUUCACUGUGGCAGAAAGCAGCGUGAGGGAGGGGAGGGAAGGGUUUUUCAGUGUUGCCUUAAAUAUAUUUUUAUAUGGUGAAUGUGCAGUAUGUUAAUGUGCCUACAUGUGAGAGUGAGAGGGGAACUGAUGGCGGGUAUCAGAGGAUUGAGACGGUAGAGAUGGAUACAUGACAGCAGCUGAUUCCACUUCUGAUUCAGGAAGAAUGAAAUCACUCUCGCUCUGAAACUUCACGCCACAAACCGUCCUCUCUUCAGGAGUCCUAAACGGUUCAUCUCCCGCCCCCCCUCCGCCGCCUGAUCCGUCUCGGGGCGAGGUGGAGUGAGGUUCUGCCGCCUCGGCGCCCCUGCAGGCGGGUUGAAGCUCACGAUUGGCUGCAGCUUUGUUCCUCUCACAGGGGCGAUGAGAAGACAACCUUGGCUCGGAGCGAAUGGGUUCGCCUGUUUUAUUGAAAAGCUUUAGCUAAUGAGAGGACGAACAGUUGCUGGGCAGGAUGUCUCUGACAGCAGCCCCACAGCCUGGCUCUCAGCGCCCUCUGCUGGACGCUGAGGGUCACGUUUUUUUUCUCCCUUUGUGUCAUGUCAGGUAAACGCUGCCCACGCUCACACGCUAGGGUGUGUGUGCAGAGCUGUAUGAUCCAAACUUUGACGCGUGUGUUAAUGACAUGAUUCCUGUACGAUCUGAAUGUGUGAAUUCUUCUGCUUUUGUCCCACGAACAUAAAACACAACAUGUCCUUUCUUUGUUAUUAAAAAUGUCACGCAGGUACGACUCGCAGGAUUUGAUGCAG